AUGUUGGAAGGGAAAGCUUUGAUAGAGGACACUGAUAUGCCUGUGAAGAUGCAAAUCCAAGCUAUGGCUUGUGCAUCUCAGGCCUUGGAUCUCUAUGAUGUCUUGGACUGUAAAUCCAUUGCUGCCCACAUAAAAAAGGAGUUUGAUAUGAAAUAUGGGGGUGGAUGGCAAUGUGUGGUGGGUUCCAAUUUUGGGUGUUUCUUCACUCAUUCUAAAGGGUCUUUCAUCUACUUUACAUUGGAGACUCUCAAUUUCCUCAUCUUCAAAGGGGCUUCUUCUCCAUCAGCUCUUGAGGAGAAAUUGCCUGAUCUGUCUACUAAUUUCUCCUUGAGAGACUGAGCUAUAUUUGGUUGCCAAAAGAAAAUUCAGACACGGGCAAGGCAAGUGAAAAUGGGAAAAGAAGAAGAAAAAAAAGGUGAUCUAGACUGGAGAUGGAGAAGCAAAAGGAGCACAAGAAGAACAUACAUGGCCACAUGGAGAGUCUUUUUUCACUUUCUUAUGUGACUGACUUGGAAGAACGUAUCUUGUAUAUGUAGUGCUUUCAUGGGUCAUUCAGAAUGAACCCUUUUGUAUAAGAAAUAGUUGCUACUUAGUUGUCGUAGUAUCUUCAUUCUCA